AUGACCGAACACAUCCGGAAAUAGCCGAAGCGGUCAUCAGUGAGCAAUCGAAGCGUACGAAGCCGAAUUCGAGCGGGGGAGCCAUCAUGGCGGACAUAAUCGAGGAGCUCCGAGCAGAUGGGAUCGAGAAGCGGGUGGUGCAGGAAGGCAAUGGGCCACUGCCCGACUACCAGGAUGGCACCAAGGCUACCUUCCACUACCGCACUCUGCUCUGCAGUACGGACGAGCAAGUGCUGGAUGACAGUCGUACACGCGACAAACCUAUGGAGCUUAUCAUUGGCAAGAAGUUCAAGCUGCCUGUCUGGGAGACCAUCCUGCGCACCAUGCGGGAGGGAGAGAUAGCCGAGUUCUUGUGUGACACCAAGCAUGUAGUCUUGUACCCAAUGGUGUCAAAGAGCUUGAGGAAUAUUGCAGCUGGGAAAGAUCCAUUGGAGGGGCAAAGGCACUGCUGUGGUAUUGCUCAAAUGCAUGAGCAUCACUCUUUGGGCUACCCAGACCUCGAUGAGCUCCAGCAAAAUCCCCAGCCUCUCAUCUUUGCCAUUGAGAUGCUCAAGGUGGAAAGCCCAGGCUCUUACCGUCAGGACCCUUGGGCCAUGUCUGAUGAGGAGAAGUUGAAGGCUGUUCCUCUGAUCCACCAGGAAGGCAAUGAGCUCUACAAGGAAGGCAAAGUGCAGGAGGCAGCUGCCAAGUACUAUGAUGCCAUCGCCUGCCUCAAGAACCUGCAAAUGAAGGAACAGCCAGGGUCCCCUGACUGGAUACAGCUGGACCAACAGAUCACCCCUUUGCUGCUGAAUUAUUGCCAGUGUAAACUGCUGAAUCAUGAAUAUUAUGAAGUGCUGGAUCACUGUUCUUCCAUUCUCAACAAGUAUGAAGAUAACGUCAAGGCCUACUUCAAGAGAGCCAAGGCACACGCAGCUGUGUGGAAUGCAGUUGAAGCUCAGGCUGACUUUGCUAAGGUCUUGCAGCUUGACCCAUCCCUGGGCCCGGUGGUCGCCCGGGAACUUCGCAACCUGGAGACCCGCUUACGUGAGAAAGACAAUGAGGACAAAAUCCGCUUCAAAGGCAUUUUCUCCCAGUAGCUGCUGUGCCAGCCUUUGCUGCUACCCCUGCCCUCAGGCAAGAGAGCUCAAGGUUUGCCCGCAGUGCUCCUGGUGAAGGCAGCAUCAAUGGGAAUGUGUGGCUCUCUGAUGAGGCUAGUAGGUCCCUACCCUCAACACAGCUCUUGAAGCAAGGGUGUCAUCUUUUCUUGUCAACCACGUGUCAUCUCUGUAUGAAUGCCACCUUCUGCGACUGCCAAAGCAAGCAGGACAGGGCAAGGAAGACUUUCUGAUUCCCUGGGCCAAAGUAUGUCAGGCUUGUCAAGAGGGUAGCUGCCAAAUUUAACACCAGCCUCCCUGCAGCCCCUGGAAUUGGUUCUUUCUUUGAUUUGCUGCAUAUGGUGCCUUUUCCCCUCUUGCUCAUGGUGAAGAAAGUUUUCUUCCUGAGCGGAUUCAGUGUCUUUUGGGCUGCCUGAGGAUGCUGGCUGUGGGCUUUGAGUUUGGUUGUUCUGUCUGGAAUCAGGUGGGGCCUGGGCUCCACCACAGCACUAUCUGUGUCUCAGGUCUAAAAUCCCAGUAGGAGAGAGAGAAAGUAACCUUAAUUGCAUGACGAAAGCUGCAUGAGCAUCUUUGCCCCUUGCCCCUCCUGGAUGUGUGCUAGUGCAUUGCUUCUGCCUGUGGACUCACUUUCUAUGGUGGCUGCUGGGUUAUGUUGUCCUUUUUGCUGGCUCCUUAUUUUACUUGGGUUUAUAGGAUUAUGUAUUUGAAUUCAUAUACGGGGAAGCUUUGCUAGUGUCUGUGUUCAGUAUAUAGUUGAGUAGAAUUCAGCAGAUUUACUCCAAGGAAGGUGAGCUGUUGAGCAGUGGGCUCCUUUAGCAAAUGAAAUGUGGUUGCCUGUGCUGUGAAAUUCAGAGGAUAUUUUAAGAGAACCUUCUUCAGCAUGCCCUAAUGUUGCUUAAAGCUUUUUAAAGCUUUCUCAGAUGCAAAUAUCAACACUGGAAGUCAGUGCUGUAUUUCUUCUACUGCUGUAUGUACCAAAAAGAAACCUCUGGGUUCACCUUCUGACAGUACUUUGGACUUUUGGUACAUUGGGAGGGGGAGGGGGGAGGAAGAGUCCUAGGCAUUAGGUUUGCUGACAGAGUGCACACCCUGGGAGGUUAUGCCAGAUAACCUAACCUUUAUCACACACACACAUAUACACACACACAUGUGGAGUUAGUUUCCAAAAGGUGCCAGGAGUCAAAUAUUAGGGACACAUCAAAACUAUCAAAAUGUAUAAGUCACUUUGGCAUAAGACUCAGAAAUGACACAUUAUAGCAAAAGAAUGCAUAUUCUUUGCACAUUUUUUAUUCUGAAUCAGAUGGAAUUCAGUACCUUUUGGAAACAAGCUCCACAUAUUUGAGCAGCUCCCUCCGCAGGAUAUUAUGAUAGCACUCUCAGCUGGAUUUUGCGGCUCUCUUUUUGGCUUUUGAUGUCUUCCUAAGACUUCUUUGCCAUUAUUGGCCACCAGCAGCAAAAAUGGCCAAAAACCUUAAGCAUUCCCUUUAAGGGACAUUUUCCCAUUCAAGUUCUCUGAG